AUGCGCGGGAAGGCAGCGCGCGUCAAGAGGAAGCCCACCUUCUGGGAUCGCGAUGGAGUGAAUGACGGCAAGUCUUCGCUGCAGGUCGUGUUGGACUGGCUGUCCACUGAGACGAACUACAAUAAGUGGCGGGGCAGUGAUCGCAACAGCGGCAGCACCAAAGAAGCUCUGCUAAAAGAAAUCGCAGCCGAACUGAGCGCCGCGCAAAAUGGUGCCGGUAUCACGAGUGAAUCAACCCUUCGCGGCGAGAUUCUGAAGCGAUGCUCCUACUACUACCAAAUUACUGCUGUGUUCGAAGCUCGACCCUCCGCCCGCCCUCGUGUUACGUCCGACGACAUCGACGACAAUGCGGACGCUUCUGAUAGAGGAAGUGCGAUUGUUCAACGAGGAGAGAUGCGCCCGCUGGUCUUGGACGACGAAGUGGAUUUAAAGCGACUAAAGGCAGAUCCGGUGGAUAAGCUGCUGGCCCAACAGAGCAAGGCGUGCAAACUGAGAGCGGACAAGGCCAGCCGUAUGCUCCAGCUUCACGAGAGCGAGUUAAAACUCAAGCAACGUGAGGUCCAGCUCAAGGAAGACAGAAACGAGCGCGAGAGUGCUCAAGCCGAUGUUGAGUUAGCCCUAAAACGGGUGCAACUUGAAGCUGCGCAGCGAGAAGCAGUUGUGCAGCUUCUGCUUGCACGCAAGAAGCUGCUGGACGCUGGAGUCUCUGUUGUUAAAGCUGACCGUCUGCUACCUCCCUCGGCGUAG